AUGUCAGUCAAAGCAGGGUGGAAGCAAACUACCCCCUUUCUUGUCUUCUGUGUGAUCGCUUACGCAUGGGGCGAUCUCAUGUUCGGAAUUGAUACCGGUUCCUUCGGCUCCCUGCAAGUGCUACCAUCAUGGUUGAAAGACUUUGGUCAUCUCGAUCCAGCCACAGGAAAGUACAGUAACCCUACCUCUAGGACGUCAAUCAUGAACUCUGUCGUCUUUGCUGGAAAGCUGGUAGGCACCAUGGCAUUCGAGCCGAUUGCGGAGAGAAUGGGAUACAAGAAAACGAUGUAUAUAUCUGCAAUCAUUCAAUUCAUUGGGCUAAUCGUCGAAUUGACUGCAAAGAACUGGCAAGUCUUCACCGUCGGAAGAAUCAUCGCUUAUCUAUCUGUGGGCAUCGUGGAGAAUUGCGUCCCCUCUUACAUAUCCGAGAUUUCUCCGGCUGGUGUUCGGGGCUUUAUGUCGGGUACUAUGACGGUACUGGUGACUGUUGGCAAUCUUUGGGGGGCUGGAAUGAGUCGUAUCUUCGCUACGGAGACGAGAAAGAUCGGGUGGAUUAUACCUGUCGCCAUUCAGUUUGUACCUGCUGCUGGUAUCCUACUUCUUGUGCCAUUCACACCUGAAUCACCUUGA